UCUUUCAGAGCUCUCAGUGACCCGAAAGCUCUUUCAGAGCUCUUUCCAUAUGUCUUUCAGCAAUCUUAUGCUAAAUUGAUGUAUUGUUAUUCGUCUUGUUUGUAUGCCUGUCUGAUGUAGCUUUAAAAUAUCAAAAUUUUAUUUUAAUACUGUAUUUAGUUAAUUACGCUGAAAAUAUACAUGAAUUGAAUUGAAUAGAAUUGAGCUGGAACUUCACAUUUUAAUAAGUAGGCAGUCGAAGCUUUAUCCUUGGGUGAUAAGAAUGACCUCGAAAAGUGUGGAAAUUGCGUAUUUUUACAUUGUGUCCUGGAGAUUUUGAAAAAUUCGUGCUUUGUACGAACAGAAGAACCAUCAUUUCGCCUUAAUGUGCUAAUAUUGACAUCACAUGAAGGUUUCUCGACAUCUGCCAUGGUUUACCGCAAAUGUCAUUUCUGUAACAUGUUUAUUUUUGCUUAUUAUGAAUGGGAAAUUCACAGGCAACCUCCUCCAGAAUAACAACAUUUAAAGCAAUUGGAUUUGUAUCCAGGUUGCAGGUGGUGACCAUUUGCUAACAUGGUAACACCUUUGAAAAAUCGAGCUAUUUACAAUAUGCUUGGAUCUUGAGAGCAAGCUGCUGCAUUUAUUUCAAAUGCAUACAGAGCAUUUCUGUACAUAAGGUGACCUGAAAAUGCUUUAACAUUCCUUUGACCAUGGAGUGUCUGCCUGAGCUCCGCCUGCCGCUAUCGGCCUAGGCAGUAUGUCAAGAGUUAUUCAUUACUGGGACAAUCUUUUCCUUAUUUACAAAAUGAACCGGCGGAAAAUGGGUCAAAAUAGAGUGUCGCUUCAUUGAGUUAUUGUUGUGUUGAUUUUAGAGCUCGUGAAGCUCUAAGCCUUUAAUAGUUGCAAAAAGCUGACGGUAAGGAGACCUAAUCAACAAAGUUUGGAUGUACUUGAUUUGAAAGGAGUUAUCAAUAAUGGAGGGGAGCGCAAACGAAGAUGCCUGCAAACUUUGCGGUGUUUUAUUCAAACCAUACGAAGAGAAGAUUUCGUUGAACAGAAUGCACGGAAGAAUACAAAAUUGUUUGUAUCAUAAAAACUGCUUCAGAUGUACCGUCUGCCAUCGCCAGCUUUCUAUCCAGAACUAUUUCCUAUCUUCGAGUAAACACUUCUACUGCAUCUUGCAUUGCGACUUUGAGAGUGGUCACAACAACUGCAGCAUGUCCAGGCAGUUAAAGGCUUUUAAAGGCUACUCAAAAGAACGAUUGACCUCACUGCUGCAAAAUCCAAGUCCAUAUGCAUCCCCUAGGGGCCAUUAUCAGCCCCCAAAACAAAUGAAGAGAGCCCAAGAACCUCAAUUACAAAACGAGCUGUUUUGCUUUUGUAAGAGCAAUGACAUAAUUGUACCAACAAACAGUUUCUGGAUAGAGUGCGUCACCAAAGAGUGCAAAGAAAACAAUUGUAUAAGACACAGAAAUAUAAUGAUAAUAAAAGAUUUUCCCCAUAAAAUUGCUGAUCAGCCAUUUGAGUUGGAACAAUACAAUGAAGAAGUGUAUGAAAUGUCAUUUAAGGACACAGAGCACCACAACUAUUACUGUUUUGAUAAUGAUUUGAAAACUGUCAUACUGAGUUUGAAGCAAGAAUACUUAAAAGAUAAGGAGUAUUUUAGGGUUCUUGUAAGAUCAUCAUCGCAUAUCAUUGAAGGCCUUCUACCAACAUCUUGCAUCUGUGCAAAUAAGUAUAAUGAAUCAGAGGUGGUGGAUGCACUGAGAAGGGAGCUUAGACUGUCAGACUCUUUUAAACCGUUUCUUGAUGAUAAAACUGAAGAAAAGCUAUGUAGACUUGACAGGAUAAUGCACAAGAGUGAAUUCAAAGUUGGAUUACUCUUCAUAAAGGAUGGCCAAGAAACAGAGGAAGAAUUCUUCACCAAUAACGAUCACACUUUGGAUUUUGAAAAUUUCCUCGAGUUCCUCGGCGAAAAGAUCCAAUUGAGAGGAUUCACGGGUUUUAGCGGGGGACUCGACACGCAGUUCGAUCUAACAGGGGACAAAGCCGUGUUUUCUAGAUGGAAUGAAAAUGAGUUCAUGUUCCACGUUUCUACUCUAUUACCAACAGAUGAACACGAUGACCAAAAGUUGCAACGAAAAAGGCAUAUUGGCAAUGACAUUGUGUGUUUGGUGUUUCUCUCCUCCCCAAGGGCCAUUUUCAGGCCAAGCGCAAUCAAGUCAAAUUUUCUUCAUGUUUAUAUUGUUAUCAGACCGAUAAUCAACAUCAACAACAACGACAAAGUCAGCCAGUACCAGGUUGCUGUCAUUUCACGAGGUUUGGUUUUGCCGUUUGGACCACCUCUACCCACUUCUGGAUGCUUUAACGAGGAUGAAGAUUUCAAAAACUGGCUGAUGACCAAGAUUGUUAAUGGUGAAAGAGCCAGCUACAGAUCGCCAAAAUUCGCAGCAAUGCAGGAAAGAACAAGGAGGCAAAUGCUUGAUGAACUGAUUACAGAGGAAGUGAGUAGUGACCAUUUAACCAUGAAACCAAAGGAUAAAGCAAACAGUCCCUUGCAAAAGUUUUUCAAUCAAAGUAAAUCGAAUGGAAGAGCAGCAAUUGAAGGGAAUAACAAAAGGCUGCAGGUUUUUCCUGAUUGGUUUCACCAGACAUUUGAUGACACUGAUCAGCUCCACAAAGACUUGAUUUCCGCAUUCAAUGGCAGUAUUAGCUAUGCCUGUGACGUUUGCUUUGUCGUUGGAAUGGCAAACCAGAAGUCCCUUCCGGCAGUGAAAGCGAUUUUGGCGGCCAAAAGCAAGGUGUUUCAGGAGAUGUUUUACGACAGCGGCUCUACGCGAAGCACGCCGAAUUCGUCACCCAAAUUAGGAAAGAAGGCCAUUUUUAAUAAAUCUACGUCAUCACCAUCUGUUCCAUCCGGUUUGAAGAAAAAGCUGUCGUUUGAGAGGCUGAAAAAGAGGAGUCAGAGUUUCAAAAACAUUGAAGAGGAGGCCGCCACACGAACAAGUGUCACUGAGUGCCUUGUUACAGAAUUUGAACCAGAGGAAUUUAGCGUCUUCCUGGAAUACUUACAUACGGGAACUUGCAUCAUUUACCCAGAAAUACUUCCAAGCCUGCUUUGUAUUGCUGACCAUUACGAGGUUGAGCCUCUUGCUCAGUCUUGUCUGCGUUCAUUCGAGGAUCUUAUUUAUCCAAAUAAUGCAUGUCUGCUGUUGGUUUCCACGCGCAAAUACACCAGAAGCUACACGAUAGCACAAGAGAUCCAAUUAAAGAUUCUGCAGUACAUAGAACGUAACUCAGAAGAGGUUUUCAAAUCAUUCGACGUCGCUGCGUUAUCAGAAGACUGUUUGUCAAUGGUGCUUUCCCUACAGCUAAAGGUUAGUGAAGUUAAAAAACUACAAGUCAUCAACAGCUGGCUCGAAAGAAAUUUCGCUAAUGGAAUCCACAAGAAUGAUUUCCUCAUCAAAGACUCCCUGUCUUGUUUGGUCAAUAUUGCUGAUAUUGAAUUGGAUGACCUUGCAAAGGAAAUAAAAGAUAAUGGUUUAUACUCACGAAAAGAUUUAGAAAUGGAAAUGCAAAGGAGAUUGGGAACUUCAUGAAUCUAAAAAGACGUAUUUGUUGGUAUUUAUAGAUAGUUUUGAUCAUGGCAGUCAAUUUAACUUCUUAGCCUAUGCCAAUGGUUAGCCGUAUAGCAACGGUUUGCUGUAUGCCAGUUGGUAGCCAGAGUAACUAGAGAUCAACGAAAUGCUCCUACCGCGUGCCACCUUUUGAGGUUUUAACGGGCUAACUUUGCAUUUGUCAAAACAAUGACAAAAUAUUGUAAAAUAUUGUAAAUAUCUAAAAGCAGUGCUCUUUGUAGUAUGUUUAUGAUUACUGAGUAAAUUCGAAAGAAAUCUAAAUUCUUUUCUAGUUUUCUGAAACCCAAUGCGGGUUAUACAGUAGCUGUUUCCUAAACAAACCCACUUCACGUUCUUCAGGAGCUUUUCGACCUCAGCAGCAUUUUUGCAAUAUUAAUUUGGAGCAGUCUCCCUAAAAUAUUUAUAAUGUAAUUUUAGCAUUUUGUUAGUUGUUUAUUCUAAAUGAUUAUUGCCAAACAUUCAUAUGCUGUUAAUAAUUUAAUGUAUUACGUAGAUUUUUUAUCAUACAUUUCACCCAAGCCUUAAUCAAGUUCUGUUUUUUUCAAGCUUCGCAUGAUUAUUCAAACAAUUUUGUUACUUGAUUUUGUUACUUGGAAUAGUAAUUUGACAAAGAUUCUUUCAGAUAAUCAACACAAUGUCACUUAUAUCCUCAUGUUGGAAGGGAAUGUAACAUAUUCAGCCAGUCCCUAUAUUUGGCUCGAUAGCGAUAAUGAAACAAAUUUCUUCCACCAAUUAGUGCAUGUGCGCAUGCCCACAUUUUUAAGCAAUCAUUAAGUGCAUGUGCGCAUGCCUGUAAAUUUAUUGACCAAGUGAGUGCAAGUGCGCUUGCGUACAAUCAUCGCCCAUCAUUUAAUGCAAAUGCGCAUGCGUACCAUCAUAGUCCAUCAUUAAGUACAAAUGCGCAUGCGUACAUCCAAAGGACCAAUUUUUGUGCAUAUGUGCAAGUGUGCAGACAUAAUCUACUAUUUCUUGUUUCUAGACUAUUUUUCUCGAUCUCCUCCUCAACCUUAGCUCACAUCGCGAUGUCUUGCAAUGCCUAAGGCAACGAUUUCUGCUUAUGCAGGCAUCGCUAGUUCGUGUUGUAAACAAAUGCCUAACAGUCGUAGUGACCUUUGUUUCUAAUUAAAAGGACAAACUUCUUCUACCUACCUAGUUCUGUAGACUUGUAGAGAAAGUGAGGAACACCCUUAGGCCUAGCUACAAUACUUAGUGCUGCAACCAACAUCUUAAACCAUCAUUCAUUCCACAGCCACAGUCUAUUGAAUACCUUGGCAAUUAUUGUAUAGCGUAUGAUCUUCUAGCAGAAUACAUUGCAUAUUGUCUGUUAGGACAUGGACUAGAAUAUGGUAGCAUUGCCUAGCUAUGUAUAUAAAACAUGAGUACAGUAGAAAGUGGCUAUUGCCGCGAUGUUGGGUGGAUUAGAUAAAUAGAUAGAAAUGUCCCGUUAGGUGAUAGAAAUGCCCCAGUUGUUCUAAAAAGUGACACAUUUCUCAUUGCUAGAUGUCAUACUUCUAGGAGACCGAUCCUUGACCCUAGGCGACCUGUGACUCAUUGAUGCAGUCAAAAAAUUCCUUGACGUGUAUGACUCGGGGUUAAUCGGAUAUCCGAACCAGAUUUUUCACCUUCUCCACGAUUCUUUAAAUGACUCCAAUCGAAAUUCUUACAUUUGAAAUGAGAAUACUAUAUUUCAAAUCCUGAAAGCUAUUUGGCUUUUCAUAAAAUAGGAUAUCACAUAAUAUUUUAUAGAACAAGUUAUAGACCUUGAAAUAUCGAAAUUUAACAGUGUAGUAUCUAUGGUCAUUUUUAGUUGAUUUUAUUUGCUCGACGUUCAGGGUUAUUCUCUAUUCAUCACUGUAUAAAAUUCUUCACUACUGUUUAUAUGACGCUAAUAGUUGCAUCAAUAACUUCUUUUUAGAAAAAAGUAUUGUAAAUUGAGUCUAAAAUAAUUUUUCAUUUUAGGAUGACAUUUUAAUUAUGAUUUUAAACGGAGCAGUAACAGCAUGCAUAGAUGAAUUAAUAUCAAUUUUAAAUAUUAGAUAAA